AUGGGCGUGACGGUCUUUGCCGUUCCUGUAUUUCUAGUUGUUUUUCGAGAGACGAUUGAAGCGGCCAUCAUCAUAUCAGUUUUACUUGCAUUCCUCAAGCAAACCCUCGGUGGUGCAAAUGAGGAAACACAUAAAGCAGUAUACAAAUCCUUACUGAGACAGAUCUGGAUCGGCACGGCUCUUGGCUUUCUACUCUGCCUUAUCAUCGGAGGUGCUGUAAUUGGCACUUUCUAUACUGUGGGCAAGAAUGUUUGGGAUACGACGGAGUAUAUUUAUGAGGGAGUCUUCUACAUGGUGGCUGCACUCAUUAUAUCCGUGCUCGGCGCAGCUCUUCUCCGAAUUGGCAAAAUGCAAGAAAAAUGGCGUGUGAAGGUGAUCAAGGCCAUGGAAAAUCCCGAAAGUCAGGGCCGAAAAGGGUUCAUCAAACGAUUUGCUGGAAAGUAUGCCCUAUUCUUGCUCGCCUUUAUCACCGUGAGCCGAGAGGGAAUUGAAGGCGUCGUCUUUAUUGCUGGGGUUUCGUUUUCUGCCCCCGCGACUGCUGUUCCUCUUCCGGUCGUUGUAGGCUUGAUCGCGGGCUGUAUUGUUGGGUGGCUCAUAUAUAAGGGUGGGUCUUCUGCAAAACUGCAAUAUUUCCUAGUGGCAUCAACCUGUGUGAUGUACCUUGUGGCCGCAGGACUGUUCGCUCGCGCUAUAUGGUACUUUGAGCAGCAGCAUUGGAAUAAGAUGGUAGGCCAAGAUGUCUCUGAAUUAGGCGCUGGGUCAGGAUCCUAUGAUAUUAGCCGCAGUGUCUGGCAUGUCAAUUGUUGCAGUCCCGAAGUCAAUGGUGGAGGUGGCUGGGGUAUUUUUAAUGGAAUACUUGGAUGGACGAACUCCGCAACCUACAGCACCGUCAUAUCGUACAACCUCUACUGGCUUGCCGUCAGCAUUGCAUUCAUUGCAAUGCGGUAUCAUGAAGUGAGGGGCCAUUGGCCUCUCAUGCAGCCGAAGACCCGGGUCGAGUCCACCUCUGGAGAAUCGCCCGUGCAAAGUGCCACGAAUGAUGUAACUAACGCAGCCGAAAAUGGCGUGUUCGUGGCUAAGGUGGAA